GUCUCCAUUGGAUAGCUAAGCUCAACCCCUCCUGGCAAGCAAGCAACUCGGCUUCCUUCGCAUCGCCACACCUGAAGACAACUUGCCUGGCUGCCAGGACCACUUCACACUUUUCAUAACGAGCUGCUGUGGUGGUGGUGUAGGUCGUGCUCAGUGUGUUAUCCAGAGUGGUUUGUGUUUUCGCUGUGGUGGUGUGCUGAUUGUGCUUUUUUCUUUCUAGAGGAUAUGACAACCAGCUUGAUGGUUUCUAGAUUAGAAAACUCGGGGGUUGAAGGCAAUGAAUAAUUGCACGUUGGAUUACCACAAAUGACAUUUGUUCUAUAGCAAGCUGGAAUUAAAUCAUUCAUUUCCCGCUCAUGCAGUACUUUGUCAUCACCCACUCAUUCGUCCAAUAGAACUUACGAUGGUUUAACCUUUUCAGGAUUAUCAACUGUCGGCUAUGUUAGCAUGGUUCUCUUUUUGUUAUUUAGAGCAAGUUGUGUCGUCAUGUUGUCACUACUGUUACUAGUAGUCUGCAGUGCAAUAAUGACCAGUCCUCUCAGUUUAUUGGUGAUGGAGCCUCCCAUGAAGCAUAAGCCCAGUGCUGUGCCAAUCAACACUUCGGUGGAGGAACUGGAGUUAGAAGAUAAAAGUGCUGUGUUAGUCAAGCGCAGGAGGAUUGAAUUUUUGGGAUCAAUUGUCCAACCACAACAGGGCAUUGAAGUUGACAUGGAGCACAAAGUUGCUGAUGAUCUUCCAGUUGAAAUUUCUACUGGGGACGAUCCCAUGGAUGUGCUCAUUGAUUGUGCGAUGCAGAGCUCUGGUGACGCGAAUGGUUGUGGUAAUCAACCAGCAAGGUUGAGACUGCCAAAAAUAUGCGCUGCAAUUGGCUGGAAAGAGCCAUCAUUUGACUUUGAAGAACAAGGACCUCCUCAUAACAAAUUAUUCAUUUGCAAGGUGACUGUCCACCUAGAGGGACUCGUCAACACUGUUAUGGAGUGCUUCGGUGACCCCAAGCCUAAGAAGAAAGCUGCACAAGAUCAUGCUGCUCAAGCGGCACUGUGGUGCCUCGAGCGCUUUGGGCAUGCCAAGUGAUCUUCAGAUGUGUCGCUACAAGCAGCGCGUCUGUCUGCACUCCUGCUGCUCUGUCUGACCAACCUUUGUUUCCGUUGCCAUAUGUACAUGUCUCGUUUAACCUAGGGUCAGGUGGUAUAGUUGUUCGUUCAUUGGUGCUUAGCCGUGCUUGAACUUGUUGCUGGUGGCAGAAUGUCAGCACCAUCAUCGUCGUCCUCUGUGGAUCCCUCCCCGUGAGGAGUCAUUUUGGCCUGGGCGCGUGGUUAAGAAUUUCAUUCCUGGGUAGUACAUAUCAUGCUGUGACGAUUGUUGUGGCAUAUCGAUUAUCCAAUUGUCCUUGCAGUUGUGGGUA